AUGCAUCAGAAAGGAGACUGCUUUGAACUGGGUGUGAUUUGGAAGAUCCGGAAGGACAUUCCAGGCCGGAGACAGCCAACGCAAAGACUCACAGGCAUUUAUGCUGGCACGCCUUCGUUCCUGAUACUCGCCACCGUCUCUUCCCCAGUCCUGCUGCAGCUGCUCCUUAGCCCAGGCCCCAAGACAGAAUGGUCCCUGUGGCAGCAGCUGGUGUUGUUUCAUGAGGCAGCAACAUUUGAGGACAUGACCAAAGACUGGAAGUGUUUGGAAGCCUCUUGGAAGGCCUGCUGCAGGCACGCAAUGCUGGACAGUUACGAGAACAUGGUCCCUCAGGGGUCCUUCUUGCAGUUCUCUAUGUUGCCACAGAGAGCUGGAAAUGAUGCCCCUGGUGUUUCAAAUACAAAUGAAAUGGAAAUGGAGAGAAGUAACAUGAGAGAAAAGUUUCUUAUAAGCGUGACAAAGUUAGUAGAAAGCAAAAGUUACAACAGCAAGGUAUUUUCCAAAGAAAAGUACUUUCAAACAAUAAAAGAAGUCAAAGAAGCUAAGGAGAAGGGGAAGAAGUCAUCACGUGAUUAUCGCCGUGCGGCUAAAUAUGACGUGAUCUCUGUACAAGGCACAGAGAAACUAAUAGAGGCUUCUCACGGAGAACGAGAUCGAAUACGGUAUUAUGUACAUAAGGAAGAGUUGUUUGAUAUUCUUCAUGAUACACAUCUCAAUAUUGGACAUGGUGGGCGGACACGCAUGCUCAAGGAGCUGCAAGGAAAAUAUGGGAAUGUCACCAAAGAAGUCAUUGUCUUAUAUCUGACUCUGUGUAAACAGUGUCACCAGAAGAACCCAGUACCCAAGAGAGGCCUUGCACCCAAGCCCGUACCUUUCAGGGACAUUGACUGCAGAUGCCAAGUUGAAAUACUUGACAUGCAGUCAAAUGCUGAUGGUGAGUUCAAGUUUAUUUUAUAUUACCAGGACCACUUGACCAAGUUUAUUAUUUUACGACCAUUAAAAACCAAACAGGCCCAUGAGGUGGUCAGUGUCCUAUUGGAUAUUUUCACAAUUCUUGGUACACCCAGCAUGUUAGAAUCUGACAGUGGCAUAGAGUUCACAAACCAGGUUGUUAAUGAGCUCAAUGAGAUGUGGCCAGACCUAAAGAUUGUCUCUGGUAAGUACCACCCCGGCCAAGGCCAGGGCUCCCUGGAGCGAGCAAGCUAUGAUGUCAAGAACAUGCUAAGUGCCUGGUUGCAGAGUAACCACUCACGUCACUGGGCCGAAGGCCUGCGAUUCAUACAGAUGGUGAGAAAUCAGGCGUUCGACGUUUCUUUACAGCAAAGUCCGUAUGAGGCAAUGUUUGGUUGUAAAGCCAAACUUGGACUGUAUUCCUCACACUUACCCCGGGAAACUGUGGCUGUUUUACAAACAGAGGAAGAACUGGAAAUUGCUGAAGAGCAGCUAGAAAACAGCCUUUGGAUCAGGCAGGAAGAAAGGGCUGAGAAUGGAGGAGACAGAUCUGAUGUGGAUGAGGACAUCGAUCCCACUCCUCCGGAAGCUACAGAGCCCAGCACCUCACAAGGGGCUCCCGGUCUCUUCUGCUGGUGAACAGAUACCUGCUGGGUGGACGCUCUUGGUGUCUCUGGGCAAUGGACAGCCAUCUGAGAACUGUUGUCAAAGGUCCCCGGGGAAAGGAACAUGAAGGCUGCACCCUCAAGUCAAGUUGUCCAUGAUAGUCCUUGCUCAAAGGGGAAAAGCAAAUCAGGUUGUGAUCUAGGGCUGCCAUAACAAAUUACCACAAACUUGGCAGCUUAUAACAACAGAAAUUUAUUUUCUCAUGGUUCUGGAGGCCAGAAGUCUAAAACCAAAGUGUUGACGGGGUUUGUUCCUUCUGGAGGCUGUGAGGGAGAAUCCAUUCCAUGCUUUUCUCCUUUCUCUGGUGGCUGCCAGCAGUCCUUGGGAUUCCUUGGCUUAUAGUACCAUAAGUCGAGUCUCUCUGCCUUGUCUUCACAUGCUGUUCACAUGGCCUUCUCCUCUCUGUCUCUGUGUGUGUUCUUUUCUGUCUCUUAUAAGGACACCAUUGGAUACCAAAUCCAUGUCGUUGGAUUUAGGGUCCACCCUAAUCGAGGAUGAUCUCAUCUCUAGAUCCUUACCUUAAUUACAUCUGCAAAGACCCUUUUUCCAAGUAAGGUCACAUUCAUGGGUACUGGGGGUUCAGACUUGGACUUAUCUUUUGCAGGGGGACACAGUUCUACCCACUAUAGUCAGUAGAAGAACAUGUUUGCCUGCAGAACAUGAACUGAGGAAGUCUUUAGCGUGUAGAACUGGUGAGACUGCCCUACGUAUAUC